AUGAGUUCUCUGGUGACCCUCAGCGAUCUCAAGCGCAUUUCGGCGGCCAAGCUGGCCGAGCAGCUCACGGCCAAGGCUGCUGGGUCCGGGAACGGCUCAAUCGCCAUUGUUGAUGUGAGGGAUGACGACCACAUCGGCGGCCAUAUCGCGGGCUCGCUCCACUUCCCCAGCCGCUCGCUCGACGCCAUGAUGCCGACGCUGCUGCGCCAGCUCGACGGCAAGGACACGGUCGUCUUCCACUGCGCACUGAGCCAGCAGCGCGGGCCCGGCGCCGCCCUGCGCUACCUGCGCGAGCGCGCCGACCUCCUGGCCAAGCAGAAGGCUAAGGGCGCCGCGCCCCCGGACAAGGCCCAGACCGUCUACGUCCUGGACCGCGGCUUCGUCGGCUGGCAGGAGGUUUACGGCACCGACGAGAAGCUCACCGAGGGCUACCGCAAGGAGCUCUGGGAGGACGGGUACUGGGGUUGA